UGGGGAAAGCAGCUUUUUAUAAUCUGAAUUUGAUCAUAAUCGAAGAAUGUGAUUAAUCAGUCUUUUCUAGUGGAACCAAAUAAAUCUGAGUCAAUUCUGGGGAAGCUGCUGAAAUAAACACUUUAUGGAAACACAAAAUCAUACUAAACAGUGGCUGCCCUGGAGGAGCUAGAUAACAAAAUACACGGGUGCUGUACUCGUCAAAACACACAGGGAAAAAGAUCUUCUACUAUAUCUUUUGUGGUUGAUAAUAAGCUUAAUUCAUAUACUUAACUGUCUUUUGUACAAUUCUUAGCACACAAAGAGCACUCCUCUACUUCCUUAAAAGAAAAAAAAAGUUCCAGUCCGAACCAUCAGCCUCUGUAGGCUGUCUUAAUUGCUACUUUGCACUGCAGUAGACUAUGACUGAUUUUUGGCACAUGCUAUCAUACACAAAGUUCCUAAAAUAAAAUGCUCCAGGAUAUCCUAGGAACUCCUAGAAGGCUUUAAAAGGGGACUAGCACGCUGAAAGAGUAACUUUUGACUAUGACAGUUCAGACAAGGAGACUGACCGUUGCAGCUGAAUUACGUGACUAAUUGAGACCUUGAAAGUGGAUGUGGGCUGUCCUCACCACCUCACUUAUCAUGGUUAGGGAGAGACUGAGAAUCCAGUUUUGAUAAAGACAAUUGUUUUUGGUUUUUUUUUCUCCCCAAGUGACUAUACAUUUAAAUAGCUAAAACAUCUGUGCAGCAACCUAGUGAAACAUGUAUACUCGGAACGCUUGAGCAAAAAGCUUGCCAAACAACCGCUUGAGAGGGGCUUUGCUGAGGGAGAGCACCAAGAUAAAGCAACUGCUGUUUAUUUUGUCUAGUCAAGGGAGAGCCAAGGCAACUAAUAUUUUGAGUUUCUUUUAUUCUAUUUGUAAAGGAUUAUUUGAGAAAGGGUGUCGAGCGGAAGUUUUCUGACAGGAAUUUUUAAAGCUGUCUAUUAACAGACAAGCAAGGGAGUCUUGGAUGUCAACGCCUGACAAACUCUUGAGACUAGCUACCAAACCACGAAAAGUGACUUUCUUUCUGAGUCUCCUCUCUGGCCCUUCUGAUGGAAGCAGAAACGGGGAGCACCAUGGAGACUGGAAAGGGGACCAACCGAGGCAUUCGAAUUGCGCUGGCCCUGUCCAUUGGUGGUACCCUGGUGCUGGGCACCCUGCUCUUUCUAGUGAGUCAAGGUCUCCUAAGUUUCCAGGCUAAACAGGAGUACUGCCUGAAGCCAGAGUGCAUAGAAGCUGCUGCUGCCAUCAUGAGCAAAGUAAAUCUUUCUGUGGAUCCUUGUGACAAUUUCUUCCGGUUUGCUUGUGAUGGUUGGAUAAGCAAUAACCCAAUUCCUGAAGAUAUGCCAAGCUAUGGGGUUUAUCCUUGGCUGAGACACAAUGUUGACCUCAAGUUAAAGGCACUUCUAGAGAAAUCAGUCAGCCGAAGACGGGAUAUUGAAGCUGUACAGAAAGCCAAAAUUCUUUAUUCCUCCUGCAUGAAUGAGAAAGCGAUUGAAAAAGCAGAUGCAAAGCCACUGCUCCACAUCUUGCGGCACUCACCUUUUCGCUGGCCUGUGCUUGAAGCUAAUAUUGGUCCUGAAGGGGUUUGGUCAGAGAGAAAAUUCAGUCUACUGCAAACACUUGCAACAUUCCGUGGUCAAUACAGCAAUUCUGUGUUCAUCCGUUUGUAUGUGUCCCCUGACGACAAGGCAUCCAAUGAACAUAUCUUGAAGCUGGACCAAGCAACACUCUCCCUGGCUGUGAGGGAAGACUUCUUGGAUAACAGUACUGAAGCCAAAUCUUAUCGAGAUGCCCUUUACAAAUUCAUGGUGGACACUGCUGUGCUUUUAGGAGCUAAUAGAUCUCGAGCUGAACAUGACAUGAAAUCAGUGAUUAGAUUGGAAAUUAAGAUAGCAGAGAUAAUGAUUCCGCAUGAAAACCGAACCAGCGAGGCUAUGUAUAACAAAAUGAACAUUUCAGAGCUCAGCAGUAUGAUUCCCCAGUUUGACUGGCUGAGCUAUAUCAAGAAGGUCAUUGAUACCAGACUCUACCCACACUUGAAAGACAUCGGUCCUUCGGAGAAUGUGGUGGUCCGCGUCCCACAAUACUUUAAAGAUUUGUUUAGGAUAUUAGGCUCUGAGAGGAAGAAAACCAUUGCCAACUAUUUGGUGUGGAGAAUGGUUUAUUCCAGAAUUCCAAACCUCAGCAGGCGCUUUCAAUAUAGAUGGCUGGAAUUCUCAAGGGUAAUCCAGGGAACCACAACUCUGCUGCCUCAGUGGGACAAAUGUGUUAACUUUAUCGAAAGUGCCCUCCCUUAUGUUGUGGGGAAAAUGUUUGUGAAUGUUCACUUCCAGGAGGAUAAGAAGGAAAUGAUGGAAGAAUUGAUUGAGGGAGUUCGCUGGGCCUUUAUUGACAUGCUGGAGAAAGAAAAUGAAUGGAUGGAUGCAGGGACAAAAAGGAAAGCCCAAGAAAAGGCAAGAGCUGUUUUGGCAAAAGUUGGCUAUCCAGAGUUUAUAAUGAAUGAUACUCAUGUUAAUGAAGACCUCAAGGCAAUCAAAUUUUCGGAAUCGGACUACUUUGGCAAUGUACUGCAAACCCGCAAGUAUUUAGCACAGUCUGAUUUCUUCUGGCUAAGAAAAGCUGUUCCCAAAACAGAGUGGUUUACAAAUCCAACAACAGUCAAUGCCUUUUACAGUGCAUCCACCAACCAGAUACGAUUUCCUGCUGGAGAGCUGCAGAAGCCUUUCUUUUGGGGAACAGAAUAUCCUCGAUCUCUGAGUUAUGGUGCUAUAGGAGUAAUUGUGGGACAUGAAUUUACACAUGGAUUUGAUAAUAAUGGCAGGAAAUAUGAUAAAAAUGGAAACCUUGAUCCUUGGUGGUCUGUGGACUCAGAAGAAAAGUUUAAGGAAAAAACAAAGUGCAUGAUUAACCAGUAUAGCAACUAUUAUUGGAAGAAAGCUGGCUUAAAUGUGAAGGGGAAGAGGACUCUGGGAGAAAAUAUUGCUGACAAUGGAGGCCUUCGAGAAGCUUUUAGGGCUUACAGGAAAUGGAUAAAUGAUAGAAGACAGGGAGUUGAAGAGCCUCUUCUACCAGGCAUUGAAUUCACCAACAAUCAGCUCUUCUUCCUGAGUUAUGCUCAUGUGAGGUGUAAUUCCUACAGACCAGAAGCUGCCAGAGAACAAGUCCAAAUUGGUGCUCACAGUCCUCCACAAUUUAGGGUCAAUGGUGCCAUUAGCAACUUUGAAGAAUUUCAGAAAGCUUUUAACUGUCCACCAAAUUCCACCAUGAACAGAGGUGCAAAUUCCUGUCGACUCUGGUAGCUCGAGUGCUGGUUUCUGCCAUCCUGUCAGAGCUGAAGAGUGCCAGUAGAGUGGCACUAAUAUACAGUGCCAACUGCUUUCUACCUACAUUUUGUUGAAGACUUUCAUUUUUAAUACAUUUUUAUUAUUUCGGGAGAUGUCUUGCUUAGAUCUAAAUAUGUGUUCAAAGUCAUUGGGCUUACAAAAGGAAUUCAAGAUCUGAACCAAACACAUUUCCUUAUAAUGCCAAAGACAACAAGUGUGAAGGCUACUUGGUUAAACUUUUCUUAGCUGACAUCCCUGUUAUCCAUUUCUGUUAUUCACAGCUAGGUGGUCCAUAGCAUUUCAAUCUAUAGCUUUCCAGGAAGCCUGUGUAGAGUGUAUUCAUAGAAAGGAUCAUCAGUCUAUGAAAAUUGUCAUUCUCCAUGAUAAAGAUGUGUGCUCUGUGGUGUGCAAUUAUUACACGACAUUUCUUAAUUUUAAGGUAGUUAAAGUAGAAAUUUGUUGAAUCUCCACUUUAUAAUUUCUGAUAAAGUUUUCCCCUUCAGUUUUGGAAUCUAUUGCAAUUGUAUCUCUGAACUUAUAUCCGAUGUGACUAAAUGCCUUGCUCAAGAAAGCAUGAAGAAACAUGGCAUAAAUCCCAUUAGUUGAAGGAUUUGGGUUUAUAAAAUAGGGAGGAAAGAAUGCAUCUUUAACUGCCAGCAGCAUUAAAAAUAACAACAACAGCAACUAGCCACACCACAACAAAGAUUAUAGGAAACAGAUCUCCAAACUUUGAUCUAGCCCCUGUGAACCUCAGUGAGCAUCUGUGUGGUGGCUAGCAAUGAUGGAGCACUUCCUGGUUUGUUUUGUUCUGCUCAGAUGUGUGCAUCUCUUGACUCUGAACUGAGCAGGCACUGAGGAAAGAAUUUUCUGUUUCCAUGUCAGAAGCAUAUGGCUUUCGUUUCCCUUUAGCACGACAAUAUAAACACCACACUGAGGAGGGAGUAAAAUGCUCUUCCGUCUCAGCCCACUUAAUGUUACCUCUGCUUAAAAGAAAAUCCCUUUCAAAGCUUCUAGUAUGAAAGCAUUUAGUAUAUAUGAAUCCAAUUUAAGCAAUUUUGCCUAGAUCUAAGGGGCACAAUUUUAUGCUUACAGUCUUACGAAGGGUUUAUUUUUUUAAAAGUAGUACUAUAUUUUAA